UGCAUUCUUUUUUGGGGAAAAAAACUUUAAACAAACACUCUGAAAAUUGAAUUAUAUAUUAGUAUUUUAUUACUUUUCACACACGCGAUAUCGAAAAUGAUACCCAAUAUUCAUUAAUGUAUUAUUGCAAUAAAACUCCAAUGAAACAUGGUUUCUUUCCUUGUGUGGCCGUCUAUCUCACCCUUUAAAAUCGUCAUUUCUCUCUUCCUCUCUCGCAUAUGAAGCAAAAAAUAUGACAGCAAACAAGGAAGAGAUUGUAGCAAUAUCACAGCAAUCAAGCCUCUUAGAGUGUUCCAUGUGUGGAGAUUCUGGUCUAACUCAGGAGCUUUUUCAAUGCAAAGUUUGCCAAUUCAGAUCUCAACACAGCUACUGUAGCAAUCUGUAUCCAAAAGCGGGGUCUUAUAAAGUUUGUAAUUGGUGUUUGAAUCAAAAGGAGGAUUCAAGGGAGAAGUCUCAGAAUUCUUCUAAUUCUUCAGCAUCAUGUAAAGACAACAGCGAAGACGAUGCCAAGAACAAGAAAAAGGGUGACAAUAACCAUGGAAGAAACAACAAUAUAAAGCUUCAACUGAUCAAGAACCCCAUCAAGAAACCAAAGUCACCGGAGAAAUCCCCAAUUACGACGCGAAAAAGGAUCAUAACCAACGCUCGUUUAGAAGAAAAGCUUAGGAGGACAAGGUCUGAAGAGGUAUCAAAUAGUGGGCUCAUUACAAGGCAUGUGUUCAGAAACAAGGUAAGAAGAUACAAGCUUUUGGAUGAGGUUUCAAGUUAAAAUAAAAUACUCAAAUGCUUAUCUGAAAAUGAACCUUCAUAGAUGCUUAUGGUUUUGUUUCUCUUGUGAGGAAAUUUAUGGUCCCAAAAAAAAAAAAAGCUAGACAAAAAUGUAGUCGGGUUCAAUGAAUGAAACCCAAUUGAUCAGAUGAGGAAACUAGGGCUGUGCCAGAAAAGGGUUGGUUUAUUUACUACUAGUAGUACAUGUUUUAUUUUCCCUCGUUCCAAACACAUAAAAUCUGUGUAAUUUGGAAGAAAGUCUUGGAAUGAUAGAAAAUCCAUGGAUACCAAUUUUCCA